CAAUCUGGAGCGCGCUAGGUAUUGAGCGGGGUAUUUCCACGCCCGUUGGGCUACCGCCACGAUCUGCCGUGCCACCUUUCCCGCCGUUUCUGUGGUUUCCCUCGCCUUGUUGUGACCCACCUGCCUUUCUGGCUACCCCGCCUCCGCCGCAGCCACUUCUGCCCGACCGAGACCCUCCGGCCAUAAGAAGAAGCAGCCUUACUCGGUGGUCUCCUUUGGGGGCCGGGGGCGUAACCAUGGCAGACGGCGGCGGCGGGGGAACGGGCGCGGUGGGCGGUGGCGGAGCAGGACAGGCCUCCGCGGGUGCGGCGACCGGCGCGACGGGGGCCGGCGGGAGCGGCGGCCCCAUCAACCCCGCCUCGCUGCCCCCCGGCGACCCGCAGCUCAUUGCCCUCAUCGUGGAGCAGCUCAAGAGUCGGGGCCUGUUUGACAGCUUCCGCCGGGACUGCCUCGCCGACGUGGAUACCAAGCCAGCUUACCAAAACCUGAGGCAGAAGGUGGAUAAUUUUGUGUCAACACAUCUGGACAAACAGGAAUGGAAUCCUAUGAUGAACAAAAACCAAUUGCGAAAUGGGCUGAGGCAGAGUGUGGUUCAGUCAGGGAUGUUGGAAGCUGGAGUCGACAGAAUUAUUUCUCAGGUGGUGGAUCCAAAACUAAACCACAUCUUUAGGCCACAGAUUGAACGAGCGAUUCAUGAGUUCCUGGCCGCCCAGAAGAAAGAAGCUGUGCCGGCCCCCCCUCCAGAGCCUGAAAGCCAGGACCCUCCUGCUCCUGCCCAGGAUGCGUCCUAAGAAUCUCCCGGACAGCUGUUGAAAGCUCCAUUUAAUUAAUGGUGAAGAAUGGAUUCAAUUCCAUAAGAGUACCACUGCAGAGGAAGGUAGCCAAAGUCUGCACUGACUUCAAGAUUUCAGCCUUGACUGUGGGGCAGUGGCCGGAUUGACCAGGGAGCAGGUUUGGCAGCAGGAGAGCGGACCACGUGAACCCCCUGCAUUGUGCUGCCAUCUGGCCAGCCUAUUACAGGAGAUGACACCCAGUAGACACUACAGAGAGGUUAAAAAAAAAACACUACAGCAAUCUGAGGUUUUCUGGAAACAAACCUUUAUACCUGAACUUGGAGACUGCAUAUGGAUUUUAGGAUCUGUGCUCUGUGAUAAACAAUUAUGUCAAGGAACAUAAGCAGUCUGGACUGAAAGAUGCAAUUUCAAAGAAUGACCAUAAAGCUUAGCUGGGAGUAUGUAUUUGACAGAGUUUAUUUGAUAUUGCCUCUCAAAGUUGCAAAUUAGAAUGUACAAACCAUUAGCCUCAAAUAGCUUUAAAAUUGUUGUGACCUUGUACAUGAAUCUUUUGGCCAGUUUCCUUUCCCCUGUAAGAGGUGAGAAAACAUGGGACCCUAGAAUGAGUGAGGAAACUCAGACUAAGUAUGAAGAAAAACAUUUGCAGGCUCUUUGUCCAGGGCUGCUGCUUUUCCUACAAGGGCUAAUGGGUGUUGGGUGUGUUUAUUUUAUUCUUAUUUUUGUGUGUGUGUGUGUUUUUGUUUUGUUUUGUUUUUUAGAAAAGUUAAUUAUCAAUAAAUGGCUUAAUUUUUUUUAAUAAAA